AUGAUGCUUUUUAGAAGAAAUAACACUGAUUUGGCAGCGAUACACAACUUUUAUGUAUCCACAAGCUCAGGCUCUGCUGAUAAACCUAUCGCCUAUGGGCCUGGAUCCAUUAUCAACGGGUCGUUGAUGAUCACAAAUGAUAAGCCAUUAUCUACUAAAAAUAUCCGUAUUGUCUUCAAAUGCGAAGCAAUGGACAGCUCCAAGCGGGAAAAGGCCAGCAUCUUCUCUGUGGAUACAGUCAUUUGGGGAAAUCCAAAGGAAUCUGCUACUCACGCAGAAUUGCCUCAGGGAAGCCACAUGUAUUUGUUUGCCAUUCGACUGCCUCAAGUCAACUACCCGCCUUCCAUGCACGACUCUCAUUUUGGUCAUCGUAUUGGCUAUACGUUGCAAGGUGUCAUUGACCUUGAAUCUGAACCUCAUUUCACAGCCACUGUGCCCAUCCUCUACCUGCCUUUGGUCACCACCAAUCUACCCACAUCCAAAAUGACUCAAGUCUUUGAGAAGGAAAACAGAAAGAUCCAAGUCACCGCAGAAUUAAUUAAACCAGCUUACUGUCCAGGCGACCUUUGCACUGUCAAAAUGAUCACCAAUAACAAUUCAGACUCAAAAAUCAGCAGCGUUCAGGUGCAAUUGCUAGCAGUAGCCACAACAUUGAAUCCGAAUCAUUCCGCCGCCACACUUGAAAAUGAGCAUAUUCACAAGCAAUACAAUAUACUAUCCGAAUCGUUCUACGUAUCCAUUGCAAAGCAAGCGCGUGAUCAUCAAGACAUCUUCAGGUUCCAGAUACCCUCUAACUUAGUGCCUACAUUUACAAACAAGAUGGGCAAAUACAUUGAUAUCGCUUACCGAGUAGAGAUCACAUUGCCGAGUCAUUCCAAUGGGGGCGGCAUCUUCAACAGCCAGCAGCAGUUGGUCACCAACACCAUUGCGCUGCCUAUUACCAUUGCUACCGUACCUCCUUCCUAUCCAAUUCAAAUUGAGAUUCAUGAAUCCACCAACAAUGACGAACUGCCUACGUUUAUACCAAAUAUAGAAUCACCUCUGCCUAGUCCUGUGCAUUAUCCCGCUGACCGCGCUUAUUCUGUAUCACCUUCAAACUCUUUCCAAAUGUCAACCGACAUGGAAAUCUCUGAGGAGGAUGCUGAUUUCGUCUUGAACAGGAAUGAAAGCCAAAUUGAUGCUUCAGGUCAUUUGAUGGUGCCAGGUGCUACUGAUGGAAGACGCAAAUCUUCUUCUGCCUCUUCAGAAUUGUCUGAAAAUGCCAGUACUUUGGCUAAUAGUAGACUUGAAAUUGUCUCUUGA